GCAAUGAGAACUGCAGGUAGUCCGCCAUUGCUGCAUGAAGAACUAUCAGAUUUGGCGUUUGGCUGUCAACAAUAAACUUGCGGUGCCGGGACGCGGAGCUACGAGGUCGAGUGAAAGCUCGUCGGCUGCUCCUGAAACCAGUAGUCACCCCCGUCCCUCCGCGGAGAGCACUUUCAUAUGAAUACAGAGCCCACGGACGAGGCAACCAUGUCCAAUCUCAGCAAAGGCGGCACCAAGAAGGACACCAAAAUGAGGAUAAGGGCCUUUCCUAUGACGAUGGAUGAGAAAUACGUCAACAAUAUCUGGGACCUUCUGAAAAAUGCCAUUCAGGAGAUACAGAGGAAGAAUAACAGUGGGCUGAGCUUUGAGGAGCUGUACAGGAAUGCCUACACAAUGGUGCUUCACAAACAUGGAGAGAAGCUGUACACGGGCCUGAGAGAGGUCGUCACUGAACACCUUAUCAAUAAAGUCAGAGAAGAUGUCCUGAACUCCUUAAACAAUAACUUCCUCCAAACCCUAAAUCAGGCCUGGAACGACCAUCAGACGGCGAUGGUGAUGAUCAGAGACAUCCUGAUGUACAUGGACCGUGUAUACGUGCAGCAGAACAACGUAGAAAAUGUCUACAACCUGGGUCUUAUUAUCUUUAGGGAUCAGGUGGUUCGCUAUGGCUGCAUCAGAGAUCACCUUCGACAAACCCUGCUGGACAUGAUUGCUCGAGAGAGGAAGGGGGAGGUUGUGGACAGGGGAGCCAUUAGAAAUGCCUGCCAAAUGUUAAUGAUCCUCGGUCUUGAAGGGAGAUCUGUUUAUGAAGAAGACUUUGAGGCACCAUUCUUAGAAAUGUCUGCAGAAUUUUUCCAGAUGGAGAGUCAAAAGUUCCUUGCGGAAAACAGUGCCAGUGUAUAUAUAAAGAAGGUGGAAGCCAGGAUUAAUGAAGAGAUUGAGCGGGUGAUGCACUGUCUGGAUAAAUCCACUGAGGAGCCUAUUGUGAAGGUGGUCGAAAGAGAACUCAUCUCGAAACACAUGAAAACCAUUGUGGAGAUGGAGAACUCGGGCCUGGUCCACAUGCUGAAGAAUGGCAAAACUGACGACUUGGCGUGCAUGUACAAGCUGUUCAGCAGAGUUCCCAACGGGCUAAAGACCAUGUGUGAAUGUAUGAGCUCGUAUCUGCGGGAGCAAGGCAAGGCCCUGGUAUCAGAGGAGGGAGAGGGGAAGAACCCUGUGGACUACAUUCAGGGUUUGCUGGACCUGAAGUCCCGUUUUGACCGAUUCCUUCAGGAGUCAUUCAAUAAUGAUCGACUCUUCAAACAAACCAUUGCUGGUGACUUUGAGUACUUCCUUAACCUUAACUCUCGCUCUCCCGAGUACCUCUCACUCUUCAUUGAUGACAAACUCAAGAAAGGCGUAAAAGGGCUGACGGAGCAAGAGGUGGAGACUAUACUGGACAAGGCCAUGGUGCUUUUCCGUUUCAUGCAGGAGAAGGACGUGUUUGAGAGGUACUACAAGCAGCACCUGGCCCGCAGGCUGCUCACCAACAAGAGUGUAUCUGAUGACUCGGAGAAAAACAUGAUCUCAAAGCUUAAGACUGAGUGCGGCUGUCAGUUCACAUCGAAGCUGGAGGGAAUGUUCCGGGACAUGAGCAUCUCCAACACUACAAUGGAUGAGUUUAGACAACAUCUACAGACAUACGGGGUGUCACUUGGAGGAGUCGAUCUCACUGUAAGAGUCCUUACCACAGGAUACUGGCCAACACAAUCAGCAACACCCAAGUGCAGUAUCCCACCUUCACCAAGACAUGCAUUUGAAGUCUUUAGGAGGUUUUAUCUUGGUAAGCACAGCGGCAGACAACUCACACUGCAGCACCACAUGGGCUCUGCAGAUCUAAAUGCUACCUUCUACGGUCCCAUCAAAAAGCCUGUCAACACCACAUGUCGUCAGGAGGAUGGGUCAGAGGUCGGAGUGGGAGGAGCCCAGGUAACAGGCUCCAACACAAGGAAGCACAUCCUGCAGGUCUCCACCUUCCAAAUGACCAUUCUCAUGCUUUUCAACAACAGGGACAAGUCCACCUUUGAGGAGAUCCAACAGGAGACAGACAUCCCAGAGAGAGAGCUGGUGCGAGCGCUGCAGUCACUGGCUUGUGGGAAACCCACUCAACGAGUCCUCACAAAGGAGCCCAAGUCCAAGGAAAUCGAGAAUGGCCAUGUGUUUACAGUGAAUGACCAGUUUACCUCCAAACUGCAUCGUGUCAAAAUCCAGACAGUGGCUGCUAAACAGGGGGAGUCGGACCCAGAGAGGAAAGAGACUCGACAGAAAGUGGACGACGACAGAAAGCAUGAGAUCGAAGCUGCUAUUGUUCGCAUCAUGAAGUCGAGAAAGAAGAUGCAGCACAACGUCCUAGUAGCAGAGGUCACACAGCAGUUGCGAGCGCGAUUCCUCCCUAGCCCUGUAGUCAUCAAGAAGCGGAUCGAGGGACUCAUUGAGAGGGAAUAUUUGGCUCGAACACCAGAGGACCGUAAAGUGUACACUUACGUAGCAUAAAAAAAGUUAAUUGAAUGGAAGCUAACAUCAUAUUGAGAGAAACUGAGAGCCUUGUUUUUGUGGACUGCUAUGCGUUUUAAUGAACUUGGAUGUGCUUUCAUCACUGAUUCUGGGAAACACUGGGAAGCUUACAUUUUCUUCCAUAAAUUGUGUAAAAAAAAAAAAGAAGUAAAAAUAAACAGGCGUACGAUGGGGGAGUUUUCUAGCAAUAUUAGAUUUCUUCUGCUGAUGAGAACAAUGAAAGAAGGGGAUCUAGUUUUGUAUAAAUUAAUGUUUCCUGUGGCCUUUGGAGAGAAUUGGGCGAGCCUGUUUGCUAUUCGACGACGUGCUGUGGAGAGAACAAGCGUCAACAUGUUAAAGCAAACCUGCGUCAACAUGGAGACCAAGAAAACAUUUGAAUUCACUCCCCUGUUUUAAUGUUGAUGUCAGUGUGUUAUGUUUUGUGUUUUGUGGCACAAUGGUGGCUCUGCAGGUCGACAGACACUCUUGGCCUAUUCCUUCCAGAGGAUUUUAAAGUUCAAGAAGAGGACAAAGUGUAAAUUGGUACAGACCUGGUUUGCAACAGCAGGAAAUACACUUUGAGUACUUGAUGAAAACAUGAGUGCUUAAUUUAUGUUGUAAGUAUGUCUGGGUUUUUGUUUUGUUUUUUAAAUUCAUUUUGAGGUUGUUUUAAUUACCGAUGUUAAUUAAGUGCACCUCCCUCAGCUGAAAUAUUUAAUGCCAUUUUCAAUAUUUUGUCCAGGUCUUUAGAGUAGUGGUUACAGAGAUCAAGGGUUGUAGCUUCACAGCAUGCUUUUCUCUAAUGGAUCAAUCGAGGGACAAGUGCACACACCAGCUCCAUAAAUGCAGUGUGAUCUCUUGUGACACAUUUUUCACUUCAGGUCUGCUCAGUGAUUGGCCAAAACAAAGAUUUCCUUUUGUUGAAUGGAAGAUUCCGAGUGGUGCAGAUUUCAAAGAGGAUUUUUUUUUUUCCUUUUUCUUUUCUUUUUUUUUUUACAUUCUCGACAGGUGGAACCAGUCUAGCACCGUGUUCUAAUGUGUACAAAUUGUAAAAUAAUUAUUGUACUCACUGCUAAGGUGGAUUGUACAGGGCCUUGUUUUCAUCAUAUUAAAUGUAGAAUUAAAGUAAAUGAAAAUGA